AUGUCCAACCACUCCAGCGGCUUGAACUGUACCCACAACUGCAGCCGUGACAACAUGGGCCAUUCCGAAGAUUACUCUGAAUAUCCUGUCAAUCUCUUCCCAAUUCCCAUCUUGACUGGUAUCACUGUUACCUGUGUUCUCUUGGCAUUGGUUGGCAUCAGUGGGAACGCCAUGACUAUCCUGAUCGUGCUAAAGUUCAAAGACAUGAGAACCACGACUAACUUCUACCUGUCCAGCAUGGCCUUCUCAGACCUCUUCAUUUUUGUCUGUAUGCCCUUGGAUUUGUACAGGAUUUGGCAGUACCGGCCCUGGAACUUUGGGGGCGUGCUCUGUAAGCUGUUCCAAUUUGUUAGUGAGAGUUGCACUUACUCCACAAUUCUCAACAUCACUGCCCUGAGCGUGGAGAGAUACUUUGCCAUUUGCUUCCCUCUCAAGGCCAAAGUGGUCAUCACUAAGAGCAGGGUCAAAGGGCUCAUCUUUUUCCUGUGGUCAGUGGCGAUUGUCAGUGCUGGACCCAUCUUUGUCCUGGUUGGGGUCGAGCACAUGAAUGGAACCGACCCCCUAUUAACCAAUGAGUGCAAGGCGACAGAGUAUGCAGUCAAGUCGGGCUAUCUGAACAUCAUGGUGUGGGUGUCCAGCAUCUUCUUCUUCCUGCCUGUCUUCUGCCUGUCAAUACUCUACAGCUUAAUUGGUAGAAAACUGUGGCGACGGAGAAGGGAGAGUAUCAGACCCAGCAUCAGCAGCAGAGAGAAGAACAACAAGCAGACAGUGAAAAUGCUAGCUGUCGUCGUGUUCGCUUUUGUGCUGUGCUGGUUGCCCUUUCACGUCGGCCGCUACCUCUUCACCAAGUCCUCCGAGGCGGGGACCUUUGAGAUGCUCCAGAUCAGCCAGUACUGCAGCCUGGUCUCCUUCGUCCUCUUUUACCUGAGUGCCGCAAUCAACCCCAUCCUUUACAACAUCAUGUCCAAGAAAUAUCGCGUCGCCGCUCUCAAACUGUUCCACGUCAAGAAGGCCCCAAGGAGAAUUCCGUCAACGGUCAAGGGUGAGAGCUGUCCAGCCUGGACGGAGACCAGCAUCAGCACUUGA